GGGCAAUUUUUGACCAUUCGUUUCCUUGCAUAUUGUUCGCAACUUUUCGAUCAACACUAAAAUCCAAUUUUUAAGUGUUCGCAUUUUUGCGUAUUAGCAAAUUUCCCUGCGUUGUCUUGCGAGCGGAUCGACAGCAUCGUGUAAGUAUAUGUUUUUUAAGUGCGCAUAGUAGAUUUGAUAGUUCCAAGUUUGUAGUUGGGUUUAGGUGUAAAAAUAAUAGUAAUGGAUGACUUAAUGAACGUUUUGGCCAUUCGAAACCUAGAAAAUGCAGAAUUGCAAUACCGCCGUAAUGUUUUGCGCAAUCCGGGGAAUGCGUUCAUAGAACUGAGUGAAAGGCAAUUUAUUAAAAUAUUUCGGUUAUCUAAAGAUUUGUGCCGUUUUUUAAUUCAGUUACUUGAGCCGUACAUGCGACCACAAAGAAGAGAGACUGAUUUGGAUGUGCAAAGCCGGGUAACAUUUUUCUCUCUUAUUGUAUAUCUAUUAAGUAACAUUAAAUUUCAGAUUUUAGCUGCUUUGAAAUUUUACGGAAGUGGUUGUUAUCAGCCGGAUGUUGCUUUAAAUAAAUACAUCGAUAUGUGCCAAGCCUCGGUUUCUCAUUCAAUUGAUGAAGUUACCAACGCUCUAAACCAUCCAGAGAUAUUCGAUCAAUGGGUUGAAUUUCCAAAUAAUUUUGAAAAACUCAACAGAAUUAGAGAACAAUUUUUUCGAAUACAUAGGUUCCCGGGAGUGAUAGGAUGUGUAGAUUGUACACAUGUUGCCAUUGUACCACCAAACAUCGAGGAUCCCGAGUAUCCAGAACAUAUUUACGUUAACCGAAAGCAUUAUCAUUCGAUAAAUGUCCAAUUGAUAUGUGACGCAAAUCUCAAGAUUUUACAUGUGAAUGCAAAGUACCCAGGAAGCACGAACGAUGCUUACAUAUGGAGUAGAUCAAAUGUACUACCAUUUUUGAGAGACUUACAUGCAGCAGGUCACACUGACUACUUCCUUUUGGGAGAUUCUGGAUACCCGCUUCGUACAUGGUUACUAAUCCCCUUUCAAAAUGUGGAACCCAAUACCAUUGAAAGCUCUUAUAACGAGAGACAUAAACACACACGUGUCAAAAUAGAAUGUUGUAAUGGAGUUUUAAAAGCCAGAUUCCGUUGUUUAUUAAAGCACAGAGUGCUUCAUUAUAAACCAAGGAAGGCCUGCGAAAUUAUUAAUGCAUGUGUUGUUCUGCACAAUAUAUGCAUCGAGUAUAAUGUACCCUUGCCGCCUGAGGAUCCUGAUGAAGGCAAGGGCAUAGAAGUCGAUUUUGGAAUCAUAAAUGAUAUAAUAGAAGACCAAGACCUGCAUGUAGCGAGAUCAAUUAAUCCUGAACUAGCUGAUGGGCAAAGAGCUAGAAUCACAGUUGCAAGAAGUUUUCAAAGACCAAAUCAAUUAUAAUUUAUUUUUAUGUUUCCUAUUUUUUAAG